GUCUAUUCCCCCUCGGGCUAUAAGAAGGCGGAUGAUGAGAUGUCCGGAGCCACGUCCUCGGCGGAUCUGGACGAGGCACCAGCCCGCACCAUUUACUUGAACCAGCCCCAGCAGAGCAAGUUCCGCGACAACUGGGUCAGCACAGCUAAGUACAGCGUGGUGACAUUUCUACCUCGAUUCCUGUAUGAGCAGAUCAGAAAAGCUGCAAAUGCAUUCUUCCUCUUCAUUGCCUUACUGCAGCAAAUUCCAGAUGUGUCUCCAACAGGAAGAUAUACCACCUUGGUGCCAUUGCUAUUUAUUUUGACAAUUGCUGGCAUCAAAGAAAUUAUAGAAGACUAUAAAAGGCAUAAGGCAGACAGUGCAGUGAAUAAAAAGAAAACAAUAGUUUUAAGAAAUGGGAUGUGGCAGAACAUUAUUUGGAAAGAGGUAGCAGUAGGCGAUAUUGUGAAGGUCACCAAUGGGCAACAUCUUCCAGCAGAUAUGAUCAUUAUAUCUUCCAGUGAACCACAAGCCAUGUGCUAUAUCGAAACAGCUAAUCUUGAUGGGGAGACCAAUCUUAAAAUACGACAGGGGUUGUCUCUAACUGCUAGUCUUCAGUCAAGAGAAGAAUUGAUGAAAGUAUCUGGAAGGAUAGAAUGUGAAGGACCCAACCGUCAUCUUUAUGAUUUCAUUGGAAACUUGCGCUUAGAUGGUCAAAGCCCAGUUCCUGUUGGUCCAGACCAGAUCUUGUUAAGAGGCGCACAGCUGAGAAACACUCAAUGGGUCUUGGGCAUUGUUGUGUAUACAGGACAUGAUACAAAACUCAUGCAGAAUUCAACCAAAGCACCUCUGAAGAGAUCAAAUGUGGAGAAAGUAACCAACAUGCAGAUCCUGGUUUUGUUCUGUAUUCUUCUGGUUAUGGCCCUUGUGAGUUCUGUAGGUGCCUUAUUAUGGAACAGAACACAUGGCGAAGUUGUCUGGUACCUUGGCUCCAACAAAAUGCUGUCUGUCAACUUUGGAUACAAUCUGCUGACAUUUAUAAUCUUGUACAACAACCUUAUUCCAAUCAGUCUUCUGGUGACAUUAGAAGUUGUGAAGUUUACUCAGGCUCUUUUUAUAAAUUGGGACAUAGAUAUGUAUUACCCUGAAACAGAUACUCCUGCAAUGGCCAGAACCUCAAACCUUAAUGAGGAACUUGGGCAGGUAAAAUACCUGUUUUCUGAUAAAACCGGUACUCUAACAUGUAAUAUCAUGAAUUUCAAGAAAUGUAGUAUUGCUGGAGUGACAUAUGGUCACUUUCCUGAACUGGAAAGAGAACGUUCAUCAGAAGACUUCAGCCAGCUACCUCCUCCUACCAGUGAAUCAUGUGAAUUUGAUGACCCAAGACUGCUGCAAAACAUUGAAAAUGACCAU